AUGCUGCCUCAUUCGAAAGAUGACCAUGAAGGAGUUGGAGGUGCUCGUGGUGGUGGAGGAGGCGAAGGAGGAGGAGAAGACAAUGAUGAAGACGAGGAUGAUGACGAUGACGAGCUGUUGGAUGCAGUGGCGUUGUGGAAAAAGGAUUUGGUUAAAAUCGAAUUUGAAAAUGGUAAUUUGCACUCAAUGAAAAGGGGAAAUGUUUUAUUUUGUGACAUUCUAAUGCGACAUUCACGCUUAUUUAAACAAAUGGUGAAUAUUCUCAAUAUUUUGUUGCUCAAUUCAGCAGUAGGAACGUUCCUAAAUUAUUUCAUUUUGAAUAUAUACAAUUCUACUUGUGGUAGAUUUUAUUUGCAUUUGCUGGGCACACAUUGA